AGGCUCCACGCGCGUCAUAAAAAUUCAUGAAGAGGGGAUUAUCUAUUUUGACAGAUGAUGAGGUUAUAUCAGAGGAUCAGAAGGAGAAAUACGUAGAAAAUCAGUUAGAAAUAUCAUCAGAACCAAAUAAACUAAAAAAACUGGAUUUAAAUGAAGAAGAAAAAAGAGAAGAAGAAGGGGCAGAAACGGUGAUAACGUGUCAUUUUCCAACGGAAUGUAUGUAUCAGCCUAGAAGAUUUAAGUCUUUUUCGGCAUAUGAAGCGCAUUAUCAGAAACAACAUUGUAAUGUGUGUUUUGAGUGUAAAAAAGUGUUUCCAUCAUUAAGAAUGAUGGAACUUCAUAUUUCAGAAGUACAUGAUCCUAUAUUUUGUUUAAAGAAAGAAAGAGGAGAAAGAAUAUUUAAAUGUUUUAUUGAAAGUUGUCAAGAAUUAUUUAUGAAUGUGAAAAAAAGAAAGAAACAUUUGAUGAGAGAACAUUUUUAUCCAAAAGCUUUUUAAUUUUUGGAUGAUAGUCGAUAUGUUUUCUAAUAUGAGUGUAUAGGAAUAUCAUUUCGAUGUGAUUUAUACAGGGAUUUCAUCAAGAAAUACGAGUCUUCUUGUAUCAUCAAAGAAAAAUGUGAAAAAGAAACCAAAACCUAAAAAUUUGGAAAAAAUGCAACAAGAUUCUGAAAUAGAAAAACUUGUAGAUAAAAUGACAACUACACGACUUGUUUCAUCGAGUAUACGAUUUGUAGGCGGUAGAAAUAAAUAACUUAUAGUUAUUUUUAUUUUUAAAAAUGAGGAGUUUAUUAAUAGAA